AUGUUGGAAAAUACAUCAAGAAUUAAGUUGGAGUCGCCAAUAUCUCCACCAUUGUCACCUUCACCAUGCUUCCUGUUGGGAUCGCCAGCUCCACCCUUUGCACCAACAAUCCCAACACCACCCGCACUCUACCUAUCGUCGCCAAUCUACGGCUGUCCUCCAUCGGCACUACAUAGUGUUGUGAACGGACAUACUUUAAUUGGUGGCAAUGGCAUGAGCGGAAGCAGCAGCAGCAACAGCAGCGGCAGCAACAAUAGCAGUAACAGCGGCACACCAACAGAGUCGCGCGUUAACAACAUAACAAACGGAUCUUCAUCGUUCUCGUUGAACAUGUCGUCGUCAUCGAUCCCAAUGCAAUCACAGGUGCAGCAGACCCAGGAGAUCCCCUUGCAAAUCCUUGUCACACCAAUUGCCCUCAACAGUUCACUUUCCUCAGUUCCACUUCCAUCCAAUGAUAACAACAAUAAUAAUAGCGAUAAUAAUAACAACAACAACAACAUCAACAAUGACAACAACAACAACAACAGCAACAUUGAUAAUAAUAAUAGUUCAACAUCCACUCCACUUCAACCAAAUAGUGAUGACGACAUGGUUGAUGGUGAUUCAGACUGCUGCAGCAGCUCCAGCAGCAGCAAUGUUACGUCACCUCAACUUGUCCUUCCCAACGAUACCAACAACACCAACACUGACAACAUGAUCAUCAAUAAUAAUAAUAGCAACAACAACAAUAAUAAUAAGGAUAAUGAUACAACAACAUCAACUUUGUUGACAACAUCGACAACGACAACAUCGACCGCAACCUCAAUGGACACAACACCGAUAAGCACACCUCCAACCACUCUAAAGGUCAACAGACCACACAACAACAAUAAUAAGACCACCAAGUCAAUCAAGCGAACGUACGACGAGGCCGACCUUGACCAAUCGUUUGAGAACAUGCGCCGCCGACAGCGCCUGCAGCACGCGCAGUACAGUCUUCCCAACCAGAUGCUGCAGCGCGAGCUAUCGCACGCCCGCCCAGGCACCACCUCGCUGCAGACGAGGAAGCUGUACAUGAACGUCGUGCCCGACAAGACCGUGUACAAUGUCGAAACACCUAUCUGUACCAUCAAGAAGUUCACCAGCGACGGCGAGAAGCUGCUCUGCUUCUCCAAGGACCUCAAGGAGAUCCAGCUCUAUCGCUUCCUUGGUUCCACACCCUCUUAUCCCAAGUCUGCUACCAGCCAACAAAAGCAAGACAUCGACAAGAACUUCAAGUCCUACUUCAAGCAGAUCUACUCCAGUGUCAUUCCACCCUUCAACGAGUUCCUCUGUCGCGACUUCUCCCUAACUACCACAUGUGGAAAAUAUUUCAUAUUGGCAUCAUGUGGACAAUCGACAGAGUCAAACAAUAACUUGAAUGAGAGCACAAAUAUUCGUCAACCAGAGGCGCACUCGAUUCAUUUGCCCAACCCAGACGACAUUUCAUUCUACCUGGUGAGGAUCCAGGACGGCGUGGUCUGCGACAAACGCACCUUUAAGAAGGACGUCAUACACCUGGCGCAUCACUCUGGCGUCUACCUCUACCAGGACUUCUUCAUUGUGCUCAGUCUGCAGUACCAGACCAUCCACAUGUUCCACAUCAAGGAGGCCAAGUUUGAGAACAUCCGCUCAAUUGGACCACAUUGCAAUGAAGACGACCAACUGGAAAUCGACACACAUCUUCAACGCGAGAAGUCCUUCCAACACAUCCUUCAAGAGAAGCGGGAAAGAGCGGAACAGUUAGAGUCUGUUACCCCAUUCCCUGCUAGACAACAUUACGACAACCCAACGAUAGUAACACCAUCAAAGGCAACUUCAUCAUCUCCACAAUCUUUAUCAUCUGGCGGCAACAACAACAAUACUACUACUACAACAACUACCAACAUUCCAAACACUACCACUACAACUACUACAACUACCACUACUACAACAACUGAAACAACUGCACCAACAACAACACUGCCAACGACAGGCAUUCAUGUACUACUAUCAUCUACACAUCAAACAUCGUCCACUGACAGUGCCGAGCAGGCGUCCUCGAACCACGCUCUGCCAAACGGCUCAGUCAUGGGCAUCAAACAGCGAUUCAUCAGCUAUCUGUUCAAGAAGGCUCUGACGGCCGAGCAGCCGCAGCGCGCACUCAGUCUUUACUACUCGCUGUUCCCGCAGUACAGCAGUCUGGUGAUGUGGAAGAUGCAGUCUCUGGACGCGUCGCAUCUGCUCAUCAAGUACGGCCCCAUCGACGGCCUGCUUGGUCGCAUCGCCGACUACUGCAACCAGAUCAGCUACUUUGUCAUCUACAACAUCCACACGACCGAGGUGGUGGGUGUCUACGAGAACAGCAGCAAGGAGUUUGCCAAGACGUUCGAGCAGUACUGCGAGUACUUUAGAGCGUGCAGCAGCCCAUCCGGCCUCAUCAAGUUCCGCAGCACAUGUUCAAACAACAUCUUUGUCCGCGAACACUUGAUGAAGCAGAAGCUGGCGGUUGUCAACGCUCGCUACGGUGGCGAGACGCAGGCCGUCAAGCGCAUUCUUUCGGCGCUGCCCUUCUCGCCACAGUCGUGGAACGAGUCGCCCUACUUUGACAAGUAUCUCUUUAGCUACGACGAGAAGAUCAUCUCGUCGACCGAGCGUCCAAAGCCCCUGGUGGAGUACCCGAUCAAGUUCUACUCGCGUCUCAGCGGCGACGUCAAGUUCAAGCUGAACACCAGCAUGACGGACAAGAACGAUCGCCAGUCCAAGAAGUACGCCACCUACAUUUUCCAUCCCUUCUGUCCCUUUAUCAUCUCUCUUCAACACAACACAGCCAACAACACAACGAUCACCAACUUCCAUCUCAAGUCUGACGACCUUGACGAUGGACACAACUCUGUAGAUGAACCAACCAAAGCUUGUAUUGAAUAA